AUGACUUGCAUGGUGAAUUCGACUGCUUUGGCAGUGGAGAGUGGACAGUUCAAAGCACAUUCCCUUGAGAAUGUUACAGUUUCUGUUGAGGUCGGCGCGGAUAAAUCUGACUGGAAAAGAGCCGUGUUUUGCAGAUCCCGUUAGUUUGGAAUGGAGAAUGUAGUGCGAGUAAUGAUGCUCACAAGAAGGUCAUUAUUGAUUAUGGAGUGAGUUAGGAAGGAUAUUGAGUUGCUGGUAAAGUGGUUUUCAGGGCCAACUCGUCUGGAACAGUUACGAGCAGAACCUGAUAUUCUCCGGAACUUUCUGGGGAUCCAUCAUUACCGUACUCCCCUCAAUGUUCCUAAUUGAGCGUUUCUCCCUCCGACACGUGCUCCAAAUCGGAGUGGCCAUCUACAUAAUAAUCACUGUGUUCACUCCGUAUUUAGCCACUCAUUUCGGUCCGAUUGCCGUUUUCGUUGCCAGAGUGAUUAUGGGUCUCGGAGAGGUUUUUCUCCGCAAUCUUCAGGUUGAUCAGAUUUUUUAAGGGUUUCAUUGUUCCCACAAACAAUGCGAUAAUUGGGAACUGGUUCCCGAAUUCUGAAAAGAGCACAGCCGUCUCUCUGUUCACCACCGGGAAUCAGAUCGCUUCGGCCGGCGGGAAUCCAGUUGUGGCCGCCCUUUGUGCCUCCAACCUCGGAUGGCCUUCCAUUUUCUAUUUCGCAAGUAAGCAGAGCACUGGUAGAGCUCCUCCACAUUCCAGUUUCACAGGUUUCCUCGGUACAAUCUGGUCUGCAGUUUGGUUCAUUUCUGCUUCCAAUCAUCCCUCGAAAGCUAAAAUGAUGACCAGAAAAGAAAGAGAGUACUUGCUGGCGAACGUGGUUAAAAGAGUGGACAAGUCAAAGGUAUUCGUGUCUUCUCAACGUCUUCCCUCACUAGAUUCACUUCAGAAUGCGCACAAAGUACCAUACUCCAAGAUAAUGACAUCUCCUGCGUUUCUGGCUCAACUCCAGUGCCAAUUCGUUGUAAAUAUAAUAGCGACAAUUUUCCAAAUCUACCUUCCAUCGUAUUUCAAAGAAGUUCUUCAUCUCGGCGUGAUUGCGGUAUUGCCUUUGCUCAGUUUCAACUCGCACGUCUUCUUAUUCAGAAUGGAACGUUCACUUCAAUUCCCAACAUCAUCAACAUUGUAUUCAAAAUGAUGUGGGGAAUUGGAAUUGAUAGGAUGAAAGAGAAAAACAUAUUCAGUAACACAACGGCGGUGAAAAUAUCUCACGGAGUUGGUGAGCAUUUCAUCGUACUUAUCAACCUGAAGAUGUUCAUUUUCAGCCAGUUACGGCAGCGCGUUCUCCCUUUUCCUCAUCGCAUUUCUCGUGGACUGCUCCAAUCCGACCACGGGUCUCGUCCUCUUCUGUGUAAUGUGAGUUACCCCCCUCGUCUUCCUUCUUACCCUUCCACGUGUCAGGUACUGUUGCAUGGCCACUUUCGCCAGUGGAUUCUACACUUCUUUGCUGUGUCUGGCCCCGCAGUACACGGCCACAAUGUCCUCGAUCUCAAUAUUUUGUGCCAUGAUGGGAGGACUGUCCACUCCUGCGAUUGCGAGUGUUUUCAGAACUGAAGUGAGUCGCUCAGUCUUUGAAAUGGAAAGAAUUGAGUACAGGGAACCGUUGCGGAAUGGAAGACGAUCUUCGUCGGCUGCGCGUUGGCUCAUAUCGUUUCCGGUUCCAUUUUCCUGAUGUUCGGGUCGGGAGAACUUCAAGAAUGGGCCAAAGUGGAGGAUGAAAAGGAAAUGGAAAUGGAGGAAAAAGAAGCACUGAAGGAGACGGAAGAGGAGUGCGAGAACAGCGCGAGAUUGGUCAGAGAGGACUCGCUGUGCAUCUGA